CGGUGUCAAUCACCCUGCCCUUCUCCCCCCUCCUCCCCUUUCCUCCCGUCGCCGGCUCCUCCUCCUGGGGGGCAAGUCCGAAACUUUAUAAGUUGAGCUUUUUGGCGAACCCGCUGGAAGCGGCGGCGGGCUGGGAGCGGCGGCGGCGGGGGGAGGCAGGCUGCGCGCCGGGCGCCCGAGGCUCUGCCUUACCCACGCCGCGACUUCUUGUGUCCGUGUGCCGCGGCCGCACCCGCGUCCCCCCCUCGCUGUCCGAAGAUGUCCACAGCCCUGGUGUCGCCCACCAUCUUCGACCUGAGCGAAGUUUUAUGCAAGAGCAACAAGAUGUUGAAUUACAGUCCCUCGAGUGUCAGCGGGUGCCUGCUGGACAGGAAGGCGGUGGGCACCCCGGCCGGAGGGGGCUUCCCUAGAAGGCACUCUGUCACCCUGCCCAACUCCAAGUUCCACCAGAGCCAGCUCCUUACCAGCCUGAAAGGGGAGCCGGCUCCCAUGCUGGGCCCCCGAGAAAGCCGCUUCCGGGACCGCUCCUUCUCCGAGGGCGGCGAGCGCCUGCUGCAGCAGAAGCAGCCCGGGGGACAGGUCAACUCCAGCCGCUACAAGACGGAGCUGUGCCGCCCCUUCGAGGAGAACGGCGCCUGCAAGUACGGCGACAAGUGCCAGUUCGCCCACGGCAUCCACGAGCUGCGGAGCCUCACCCGCCACCCCAAGUACAAGACCGAGCUCUGCCGCACUUUCCACACCAUCGGCUUCUGCCCCUACGGGCCGCGCUGCCACUUCAUUCACAACGCGGAGGAGCGCCGCGCUGUGGCGGGGAGCCGGGAGCCCGCCGUCACCGACAGACCCCGCCUGCAGCACAGCUUCAGCUUCGCCGGCUUCCCCAGCACUGCUGCCAGCGGGCUGCUGGACAGCCCAACUUCUAUCACCCCGCCGCCCAUGCUGAGCGCCGACGACCUGCUGGGCUCCCCCACCCUGCCUGACUGCGCCAGCAACCCCUUCACCUUCUCCAGCCAGGAGCUGGUCAGUCUCUUUGCCCCCAGCAUGGGGGUGCAGGUGCCCAGCGGGAACUCCCCCACGACCUUCUUGUUCAGGCCCAUGUCCGAGUCCCCCAACAUGUUUGACUCGCCGCCCAGUCCUCAGGACUCCCUCUCUGACCAGGAGGGAUAUCUGAGCAGCUCCAGCAGCAGCCACAGCGGCUCAGAUUCCCCUAUCCUGGACACCUCAAGACGUCUUCCCAUCUUCAGCAGACUCUCCAUCUCUGACGACUAAUCUGGGGUUUCCUCUUGCCCCCCCUCCCCCACCUCUAUUACAAUGUUAAGCUGAACUCCUCCCACCCCAUCCCCAGUAGUCUGAGCUGGAUGUUAACGUGUCCACCUGCCUGCUGUAGACCCACUGGCUUAAACCUUAAGUGCCAAAUUACGAUGAAAAGCAAUAACGUUUACAAAAUUAGUGCCUUUUAACACUUUCACUGUGACUAUUACCUCUCCAGCUGCAGAGGGCACCAGCAGCUCUGUGCACUUCCAGAUGUGCAGGAAAUGUCCGGAUCCAGCUCCCUCCACUGGCCAUGUACUGCAUAACCCUCUCCCAGUCCCUUCCUGACUGGCCAGUUUCCUCUAGGCUGCAGGCAUGUGGGCAAGUGUUAACAUUCAGUCUUCUUUCUCACCUCCCCUUAAAGACUAGUCUUGCCUGGAUCCGCUCAGGUCUGCGGGAAGAAAAAGCUGAAAACGGACAAAGAUUGUAACAAGAGUGGGACUUUGACUGGGAGGAAGAAAACAAAAC